AGAUGGCGGAAAAAUUUGAAAUAAGUUCUGUAAUUCAUAUUUUUGUGUAAAUAUGCUAUCUCAUAAUGGUAUUAAUAUAUUUAUUUUAUUCUUACUUCAUACCCUUAUGCCAUCAAAUUUUGUGCUUACCAUCUCUAAUCGCGAUAUAUCAUCGUUAAGGGAGAAAGUAGUAUCUAUGUUCUACCAUAGUUAUAAUGGCUACAUGAAGUAUGCAUAUCCUUAUGAUGAACUGAAACCUCUGACUUGCACUGGUCAUGACACAUGGGGCAGCUAUUCCUUGACUUUAAUAGAUGCCCUUGAUACCUUACUGGUUAUUGGAAACCAAACUGAAUUUGUACGAGUUGCAAGCGCUCUUGUCAAAACUCUAGAUUUUGAUAGAGACAUCAAUGUUUCUGUUUUCGAGACAAAUAUAAGAGUGGUUGGUGGUCUAUUGUCUGCCCAUCUUCUAUCAGGAAGAGUUGGUUUUCAACUUGAUGAUAACUGGCCAUGUGAUGGUCCAUUGUUGAAUUUAGCUUUUGAUGUUGCUGAGCGCCUUCUUCCUGCUUUUGAUACAAACACUGGUAUGCCAUAUGGUACUGUCAAUUUGCGUUACGGUGUGCCUGAGGGUGAAACAUCCAUCACUUGUACAGCCGGCGUUGGAACCUUUAUUUUAGAAUUUGGAACUUUGUCUAGAUUGACAGGUGAUCAAAGGUUUGAAGAUGCAGCUUUAAGGGCUCUAAAUGGACUCUGGAAAGCAAAGUCAGAUUUAGGCCUGGUUGGAAACCAUAUUGAUGUUCAGACAUCCAAAUGGACAGCUCAAGAUAGUGGAAUAGGUCCGGGGAUAGAUUCAUAUUUUGAAUAUCUUCUCAAAGGUGCUAUUCUAUUCGAUUCACCGUGGCUUUUGGAAAUGUUUAGAGAACUGUAUAAAAGCAUUGUGGUUUAUAACAAGGUGGAUGACUGGUACAUUUGGUCAAAUAUGUUUAAGGGAAAGUAUUCAAUGACAACAUUUCACUCUCUUGAUGCAUAUUGGCCAGGUUUGCAGACACUUCAUGGAGAUGUUGCAAAUGCAUCCAGAACAUUAAAAAACUAUUAUAGUGUAUGGAGAAAGUUUGGUUUUACACCAGAGUUCCUUCAAAUUGCACAUGGUUUACCAAUUAAAGGAAGGGAGUCAUAUCCACUACGUCCAGAAUUGAUUGAAAGUACAAUGUAUCUAUACCAAGCUACAAAAGAUCCAUAUUUUCUCGAAAUGGGUAGAGAAAUUUUACAUUCAAUUGAAACAUCUUGUAAGACAAAGUGUGGAUAUGCAACGGUAAAGAAUAUUAUCACUCAUGAACUAGAUGACAAAAUGGAAUCAUUCUUCUUGGCAGAAACAACCAAGUAUCUUUAUUUACUCUUUGAUGCAAACAAUUUUCUUCAUGGUGAGUCAGACCCAGCAGACAAUGACCUUAAGUGCAAGAUGCACUCUCAGGGUUAUAUAUUCAACACAGAAGCACACCCUAUUGAUAUUGGUGCACUAAAAUGUUGUCAUACAAAAAGAAUAAAAGAAUUUGAAACAAAAGUGACACCAUUGCCUCUCACAUGCAAGACUCGUAACUUUGAUGCUAGGCUAUCAUUUGGAGAAAAUUUUAUUGAAGACUAAUAAACAAUAGUUGCUUUCAGGUUUAGUACAAGCUGUAAAGGAAAGAUGGAUGUAAGAAUUCUUUUGUAGGGUUUUUUUUGUAGUUCAUUACAUACAAGGUAUUGAGACAAACAUGCUACAUAAAUAGUUUAAUAACUCUUUAAAAACCAGUGUUACUUACAACAUGUAAAACAUUUUUCAAACAAAACAUUUUUUAAUCUAAAUAUUAAGGUUUGUAGAUUACAUCAAUCACGAUCAUGUGGUAUUCUUGUAAUUACAUUACAUAUCUUUUUACAUAAAACAUCACUUGAGGCGCAAA